CCUCCGAGGCAAAAUGGCGGCCUCCGGCUCGAAGUGUGUCAAAAAUGGAGAAGUUGUCGCCCCCCUGGGAUACACCGCUAUUCCAGUCAAGUUUUCUGAGAAGCACCAGUCACCUCAUUAUCUCUAUGUGAAAGAACACAAAGUCAGAGAGGGCAGAGAUCCCAAGAGGCCUCAAAACCGAACACUUUUUGUCUUAAACAUCCCUCCAUAUUGUACAGAGGAAUGUUUAUCAAGGCUGUUCUCCACCUUUUGCCCCAUACAAUCUGUGGAGAUGUGUGAAAGGCCAAAGCCGGGAGAUGGGACAGAAAUAUCCAGGACCAAGUUCUUCAAUAACAAGAUACUCUUGGGAUUCCAAGUAGCUUAUGUGGUAUUCAGAAGACCUGCUGGAGUACAGGCUGCCAAAUCACUACAAGGACCCCUGAUAAUAUCUUCAGACAGCCAUCCUGUGCAAACUGGCAUUCACAAAUGGAUUGCUAGAUAUGCAGCCUCAAUUGUGGAUCCUGCUGAGCUGAAGACAGAAGUUGACUUUUUCAUGAAAAAUUAUGAUCAAAAGGUUGCAAAGGAAGAAGCCAAGGCUGAAAAGGAAGAAGGUAUUCCUGACAAGGAAGGGUGGGUGAAAGUGACAAGGAAGGGCCGAAAGCCUGGUCUUCCAUGGACAGAAGCAGCCAAUUUGCGGGCCCUAGAAAGAGAGAAACGCAAGAGAGCACGGAAGGAACUGCUCAAUUUUUAUGCCUGGCAACAUCGUGAAACCAAGAGGCAAC